AAAUCCUCUACCAUAGAUAAGACAACUUAGACGUCAUAAUAAACUUUAAAGGGAAAACUUAACAUGAAAUAUUGUUAAAAUGUCGAUUUAUUCGCGAAAUACCGUCGAGAUGUGUGAUGUUACGGGCUAUUAGAGGCGAGCGCCGUGGGGAGGCUUUGCGAGCCAUGUCCGGAGCGAAAAGCAGCGACGGCAGGUUAAUUUUUUGUUAAUUUUGGCUAAACACAAAGGCAAAACUCGGCUUAAUGAGACAAUGGAUAAGAUGGACAAAAUUGUGUACAGCAUUGUCCACAUGCCUAACCAGCCGGACAAUUUCAAGAAGGCUCUCCUGGUGAAGCUAGUGCACUCAACCACACUCAAGACCAGCAAGGCAGUGGAACAAGCAGAUGCAAACGCCAUAUUCGACUGUUGCAUCAACAUCCUCACAACUACAGAAAGUGAUGGUGCAGCCCAGCUUGCUGUUUUUGCAUUUAGCAGCUGGGCUGGGCAGUACAAAGCUUACCUCAAGGAAUACCUCACCACCGAGAGAUUUACGAGUGUUAUGAGUUCACGACGCAAUGUCAUACCUCUUCUCUCAUGGCUAAAGGAAGCGCUUUGUCACUUGUCAGAAGAAACACAUGUCAUAACUGCAGCUGCUCCUAUAUUGGAAGGCAUCCUCCAGAAUAUGCUGAGAGAAUGUGGGGGAAGCUCUGCAUUUAUAGCCAAACUGUCAGAAGUCUACGUAGUUUGCCCAGCUCUGUUGCCACAACCACACACUCGUCUCACUUUCACUGUUAUGCUGAUGAACUGUGUUGCUUCCUUCCCAACACCAACAAAGACUGAGGUUCUGGGUCACAUGAAAAGCAUAGGUGGAUUGGUAAAUACGCUUUGGAAUGGAUUGCGUUUAGAGGACAUCCUUCACUCUCUUCAUGCUAUGUAUGCAAUCAUAUCCAACACAGAUGGAGGCUCAGAAGUUUGCCCUGCCAUGGCACACCUGCUCUCUCUGGUCCCAACUGUGGUUGUGGAAGGCCUGGCUCCAAAAAUAGUGUCCGAUCCAACCACCACAGAUGCUGCCCUUGUAGCAACACUGACUCGCCUCACUGCUUGGUUAGUUGCCUGGCCAACAGCUCACACCACCCUUGGUCUGUGGGUGCGGACACUAGUCAGACUGCUGUAUAAAAGUGGACGAACGGCUGUUCCUGCAAAAAUUACACUGGAGCGUGUACCCAAGCUUUUGGCACAUGUCCACAUCCCAGUUGUUCGGUCUGGAGUCAUCGCUGUCAGUUCAACUUUAUUACUAUCUUUUCAACAUUCUCCAGUUGCUUUCCAUAAGAUUAUACCACAAAUCAUCGACCUGUUCGGACGCCUAGAGAGGGAGGGGUCGGAAUCAGCCUCAACAACAUUAAAUCGCCUUGCAGUCUUGUGCCACACUCUCAUGGUCCUCUUCCCUGGCCAUCCAGAUCAAUACCAGCCUCUUGCUGAUGUUCUUGAGAAAUAUCAGCCACCAUCUGAAGAAGAGAUCCAAGACCUCAUUCAGGAGCAUCGAUGGGGCCACUUAGAGGGGAGAGUUCAGGGAGCCAAGAGUCAGUAUGGAGGACCUGCAACAACAGACGGUCUUCCUGUGUACCAGCAAAGACCCUUAACCCAGAGAGCAGGGCUUCGCAAUCUUGGAAAUACCUGUUACAUGAACUCAGUCAUACAGGCUUUGUUUAUGACUGACAGCUUCCGGCAUGGGAUCCUGCUUGCUGUACCAAGAAACAAUCAACAGCUUCUGGUAAGAUUACAGCAGCUGUUCAGCCUGCUCUGCUUCACCCACCGCAGUUACGUUGCCCCACGGUUAUUUCAUGACAAAUCACGACCUUCUUGGUUUAGCCCCGGUAUGCAGCAGGACUGCUCAGAAUAUCUCAG